AUGAGAAAGGGAAUAUUUUCUCACAUCAUCGAUAGGAUCGCCGGGGUUCCACACAGGAGCGUUGCCGCAAUUCCAUAUGGGCAGUGGUUUAGUCUCUAUGUGCAGUGUUUGAAGGCUCAUCAGCGAAACACUGCAGCAGGGAGAGAUGCCAAUGAGCUGAAGGUUGCACGCCAAAACCUGGAUGUGUCGCUUCUUAGCAGCGUGGUAUCGCAGAAGUGGACUGAAGUCAUUGUUCCGAGUGACGAUAAGUGUGAUGCUCGUCAACCGCGAUCAUCAGUCGGAAACGUGUUGUGGUGGCACGAGAGCGCUGAGGGUGCAUGGCUCAGCUCCAACAAUAAAAUCCGUGGUUUGGAACUGGUAACUACGUCAUUUUUGCUUGAGCCUCUUCUUGCAGGUCGCUCCAUCGCUGCAUGGACAGAGACAGUGCAACAAUCAAGUGCCGCCGGUGGUCCGCUAAUGCAGAAUGACAAAGGGCAACCGAGUUUGUCACCUAACAAGAGUGGAGUGUUGGUAGUAGUGGUGCCGUUCUCAACUCUCUUCCAACUACGUGCCGAAGCUUACCCACGCGCACAUACAGCGUCAGCAGACGGGGAGAACACCCAGCAGAGGCAGUUAUCCCUUCAGGAACGCAGAGCGCGCGUGGCCGUAUUAAAUUCCCUGCAUCAACUUAUGGAGCUGCAGUGCAACAGCAACAACCGUUGGACAAAUGUGGAAUUUGCAAUAUGGAGUCCUGUGUCUGAGUUCGACGCGAUAAUGCAUAUAUCGCAGGUACGCCUAAGUCUUCCAGAUGCAGCGAAAAAACGCAUCACACUGGAGACUGUAUGCGAGUGCGAGGCCACUCGCUCUGCAUACCUGGCGCAUUACUUGACCCUUACAAAGAAAAAUGUGCCCCUCGCGGUGCUCGCGCCUCAAUCUCGGCAAACAGAACUGCAGCAGGUGCCUAUCACGAACAGCUGUGUCAGGGCGCAAUCGGCCUGUGAAUCGGAAGUGAGACGACAGGGCCAUUUGAAGAGGAGCACUGUGCACAGACAAGCGGUCACUGGAUGUAGCGAACUAGUCAGACGUAUGGCAACGCGUGAGGAGAACCUACGGCAGAUUAUGAUCCCUUGA